AUGGUGCUCGUGGACCGACCUAUCGGGACUGCACCUGCCACGACCCGCCAUUGCCAUGGGGAAUGGACCCAUCGCAAGCGCGGAUGCUUGGUCGGGUCUGGCAAAGACAGUGAAGCGCCGGCUGCGUCGACCAGACUCCACGUAGUCAAGCCGUCGGCGUGCGAGCUCCCCGUUCGAGAGGUUUGA